UGCCUGACAUGCCUAGGAAUGAGGUAUCAUCUAAACUUUCGAAUACUGGAAGUAUGACAAAAACCCUCUGAAGUUACUUUUUAAAGUUUCCUGUAGCGUCUUUUCGUAUAGUUUAUUCGUUUUGUUACUCAUUGAUCUGAUGUAGGAUGGCACAGAUCCAUCUGCCUAGUGACUUCUAUGUUUCAUUGUCUUUGUAUCUCCAUGUCACUUCAGGUGUGAACAGCCAAACAGAAGGACUUCCCAGUCAGGUUCCAAAUCCUAAUGUUUUGCCAUCUUUGUUUCACAGAGUUCUGAUGCCUCUGAAGUGGUAAUCUUGGAGUGCUUCUGGGUAGUGGAAUUCAGAUGUUUCAAUAGUUGUCAGUAGUUAAGAGAUAUCUCAACGUGUUCAGUGUGACUCUUUUAUUUCUGCCAACAAAAAUAAAAAUAAAAAACCUCAGUCACCCAGGCAUUGGAAUUUUGCUAGAAAUUUAACUAAAAUACAUUCUGCUGUGUGUUCGAUGCAUACACUUAAAUACUGGUGGGUCUCUGAAUUCAUGCCUACAAAGAAAAUCAUAAAAUCAAGUCAAAGCCAUGUCAUCAUCUUCCUCUGACAAUAAUUACAAGUUUGAGAUUCUGUUUUGUCAGAUAUCUUAUACAAGAUGGGGUUCAUGUUGAUGCAUAAUUAAUGCAUCUUAUUCUUCAAUAAGAAUUGCUAAACUCCCUAAUCAUUGCUAAACUCCCUAUUAUCAUCUAAUCAUUGCUAAACUCCCUAUUAAAUGAGAAGUUUUCUGUUUUUCUUACCUCUUACCAAUUCUUCAUUCAUAAAAUUGUUGAAAACAGCAGGAAAAAUAGCUAUCUCAUAUAAAUCAGAAUCCUUAUUUAGGGAAAAGAUUUUAUUUGGUGAAAGUGCUGACAGUUUUCUCUGCAGGAGCCACUGAAAUAGCCAUUGUAUUAGAAUUUUUUUAUGACAUGAAUUCUUUCUGAUACCUCUGCAGGGUUUUGAAGUCCUUAGAACUGUUUGCCAUUUUCUGAUAGCUGUGAUGGUCUAAGAGCAGAGGAAAAAAAGUUAGGCUGCAUUUGUGGGCUUGAUGGAUACAUUUAAAUUCAGUAGAAGCUCCUAUCAUCUUUUUAUGCGCCAAAAUCUCCAGCCCACUUCUAAGUGUUACAUUAAUUAUGCUGACUUUUUUCCUCACCUGCUGAAGUGAUUCAUAGUGGUUGGUCAUGUUUGAGAAGGCAGUGACUUAAAUUAUAUUCAUUAUGGAUUUUAUCCUUAUCUGGGUAGUAUUCUGGGGAAUAGCUCAAAUCCUUCAUCUUUUGUAGAGAACAAAAUAAUAUAUUUCGUACCUGGUGUUGAGGCACUGCGUCAAAAAGUAUUUCUUUCUUGGUUUGGAAGCAUUGCUUUCCUUGACUAUAAGAUCUGAAUGUUUCCCAUUGACUCUCAAAUUGAGAGCUCUAAUUGUGCCCUCAGUGAGUCCAGUUCAUUCACAGAAUUCCCAACUUUACGAGUAUGAAUACAGUUAUGUCAGUUCCCUUCUGGCACUUGUGUUACAAUGCUUGAACACAAUGCUGCUGAACUAAACCCAGAAUCUGUAAUUGCUGACAGGACUCAAUUAGCUUUGAAGCCUGCAAACAGGAGAGUUUCUGUGGCAGCAACACUGGCAAGUCUUAAUCCCAAAAGCUGGGGACAUAGACAACAAAGGAUACUGAGUAAGCACUUCAGGCUGCCAGUGGAGAAAAAAGAGCCUGUGAAUAUGUGUGGAGGAAGAAAUAAGCUUGUAUAAUUAGGAACUAGCUGAGAGACAGACUUUCCAAAACCAAGUUUUGAAAGUUGAUGGUGUUUCAGUAGGAACCAGGGGUAAGGGUGGCAUUCUGUGCAUCCUCUAAAAACAUAUUAAAGGGGAAAAAUAGGAAACAGUGUAGGAAACUCCAGGUAAACAGAGCCAGCAAAUGAUGAUGAAUUCCUGGGCAGGACCAAACAAGAUAGAGGAAAAGACAAGACAGGUGGAGGAGAAAUGUAUUUCAGACUUGGCAGUUUUCCCAUGCUGGAGAGCAAGGAUGACAACCUGGCUGAUUAUUUGUUGGAUGGAAAAAGAAAGCUGGGCUGUUAUGAGGUAUUAGAACAAAACUGAAGACAAAUGAAAAUUAUAUACAGUGUACAGAAUGAGGACAAAAUACUAGAAGAAGUGAAAUAAUAAUCCAUGUACUCUAGGGUAGAAUGAAAUUCAGAAGACAAAAUGGAGGAGAAAAGCAAUACUCAGGAACUAGGAAGAGAGCCCUUUUAUCAGUAGGGGCUUUGACCAUGAAAAGCUAGUUUUGUUAUCACAAGAUUAGAUCCAUUGGCUACUGGGAGCCAAAAAAAAGCUAUAGAAUGUGUAUCUGGGACUUUGAAGGAUUCAGAUGAAGGCGGGAUAGGAGGACAUACCUGCCCACAAUGUCAAAUUUCUUGGAACAUCAGUGGAACUGAUGGAGGAGAGUUGUGCCACAGCACAGCAGAAGCUCCAAGAAAGACUGUGAGAUUUAACUUGUGGUAAAAGGGCAUUUUCUUUGUCUUGCAAGCUUCAAUUUGGAACUGUGAAGGGGGAUUGGAGAGAGCCUUUGUCCAGUUAUCUCCAUGUGUCUCUGACUAGUGAAUUGAAUCCUAGGAGUCGUAAGAGUGAGAAAUGGAGACUGACUGGGAUAUUGAGAAAAAGAACAUUAUGAGGGCAGUGGAGUAAGCAUGGAGGGAAAAAUAAGGACAUGUUCAUGCAACCUUUAGUGAUUCUGUGGGGCUGCUGAUCACCUCAGGGCACGGUGGGCUGUGAAACAGGAGGUCUGUACAAAAGAAGUCAGACAAGGUAGAUAAUCUUGUUAAGGCCUCAGGUCAAGUGCUUGUGAAGCAGCCUAACUCAGAAGGUUUCCAAGCCCACCAUGGAAGGAAAGAGAAGGAUUUGUUAGGAGAACUUUGGCUCUGCCAUGGCUGAUGGGUUUAUGUGCCCUUCUUCUGGGAGCUGGUCACCAUUAGCAAGACAGGGUGGUCUUUGGGUCACUGUUGUGUUUCCCUGAAAUAGGACAAUAGGAGCUCUGUGAUUCGAUGUUCAAACUGACCCUGGGAGCAUUCUGAAGUUGACCACUAUGUUGUACAGAGCCUCAUGCAUGUACAACUCUGCUUCCUUUCCUUCACAUGAUGGUGUACAAUGCAAAAUUAGGAAUGUCCCCUAGAAAAAACACAGGCACAGUGAAAUGAAACCAGACGUGAAAGACAGCAUGCAGGCACUGCCUUCUCUUGAUCUGUUAAUCUCUUCUGCCAUUCAGAAAGAGAGAUUCCUUAAGGAAUGUAUUGCUUCACUGUGUGUGGUCCCUUAGUGAGAGUUAGGGAGGUAAGAGCUGUAACAUCCAGGUAGGGCUAGUGAGGAGAGUGGAAGGGAGCAAAGGAAGAAAACAGAGAUUUUUCAAAGUCAGUCAUCUAAAUCAUAUUAGGUUAAUUUUGUAAAUCAGGAAAAUAAUAAAAAAGGGGUCUGUAUGUAGGAAUGCUCCUAAGACAGCAAGCAUUCCCUUUUGCCAUUUGUGGUAUGCAAGCCACUUAAACUUGGAAACUUGUUUCAGUAGUGGUGUCUUGGAAAGGCAGGUCAGGAUCACUCCCUAUUGUAGAGAUGCAAUAAGUGAGGCAUGUCCAAACGUUUCUGUUGCAGAUCUAGGCAGAGAAAGAAGAUCUCUGAAUCCUGCCUUUUUAAGGAAGACUGAUGGUCCAGCCAGAGAUAUGAACUGCUUCCAUUCAGCAAAAGCAGUACACUGCUUUGCAAAGGCCGCCCUUGGAACUUUCAGUCAACACUGCAGUGUAUUUGUUCAGGAAUCUUGAGAUACCAAUGUGAUAUUCAAAUAUUUGUGUGGUUUGCAUUGCUUCCAGUAUAGGUGUGGUAUUUAAUGAAAGGGUAUAAGCAGGUGACAGGUGCGAGAGGAAACAGUGAUCUACUGCAGUAGUCAACCUGGGGCAUCAUGCUAUGUUAAUUUCAAAUACACUCUUAGUGAGGCUCUGUAGGGACUUAAAUGGAGCGUAUAAAUAAACUUAUGUAAGUUUAUUCCAGCAUUGCAAAAUUUAAAAAAAUCACUGAAGAUAAAAAUUUUAAUUAAAUUCUUUAUCUUUGAUUGAAAAUGUAGCUUUCAAAGAAAGAUUAACAUAGCAUCAUAAGUAACCAUGGGAUGAUUUCAUCACUACUAAUUUGAACAUGAAAUGCGUCAGCAUAUAGAAUUCAGACAGCUUUGUGAAUUAAAAGCCUCUGAUGUCUGUAUUAGAAAUAUCCCAUGGAUAUAAUUUGUGUAUCAAAGCUUUCAUUCUACUUUUGUUACAGCAUAUGGUGGUUAGCUGUGAUGGUGCUUUAUAUUUUAGAGUGUCAGUGACUCACUGAUAUUCUUAACGCUUUUCCUCUGCUGAGCUAGCAGCUGAGCAGAGAAUUUUUUGCUGGGGUGUGUGAAAAGAGACAGACACCCUUUAACCUUUUUGAACUCUCUUACUUUGCAUGUUAGCAUAGGAGGAAAAACAGUCAUCCUCUGAAAAAGUCAAGGCUGUCAUUGUAGAUGUUGACCAUGGGCUUUGUACAUUUUAUCAAUUUGAGUUAUCCCAGUAAUUUCUUCUUUGUCCUGUUCAACAUGAUGUUAUGCUUAAACUUUCAUGAAGGAAAAUACAGCAAGCUAAAGAGUAUCAGUCUUCCUGUCACCUUUAACUGUUUAGUAAAAUAAACCAAAAAAUCUUCUUAAAAAAAGAUUAAUAACAAGUGAAUAAGAUGGAAAACCAAAGUGGAAAUGUAUCUGUUUUAUUUUAUUACGUUUUUAUUUUGAAAACCUUUCCAUUAAACUGCAGUCUUUUAAAUGACAAGAAUCAGGUCUAAUAACUGCCUAAAGUUUUUUGGUGAAUUAACAGAAAUCAAAGUUUCUGUGUUAAAGAUAGGGAUUAAAAUGACAAUAAAAUUCUUUUAAAAAUUCAGAGAAAUGUCACUCAGACAUUUUUAGCAAGAAAUUUGUUUUCAUUUUAAAAACAACUGACCUAAGUAUUUAGAGGGAAAAGAGGCAACUGCUAAUGUUAAAUUGAAAAACUUAGGAAGAAUAAAUUUUAUUAUGAAAUAAUGGAAAGAAGGAAAACUUUUCUGAGGAUGAAGGAACUAACAUCAACAUACAUUUCUGAUUUUAGGCUGCUGGAUUAGAGUAGAAAAGGCUUUCCAGUGCCACUAGAUACUGAUACCUUCAUUCUUACUGCAGAAUGAAACUUUUCACAUUUGCAGUGAUGAGUAUUUUUCAGGCAUGUUCAUAUACUUUUCAGAAUUUAAUUUAGCUGUCAGAGUACUCCAUGGAUCUAAAUAUAGCUGACUGUAGUGUUCUGAAGUGAUAGUUUAGAAUGAAUUUCCACAUCGCAAAACUAGCACCUGUUAGAUCAGAAUUAUGCCCACUCCUGCUGCAUUUCACUCUCCAUUUCUGGUUCCAUGCAUAUUAAUGAUGAUUCAGUAUGCCUUUUGAGCUUGGCAGUCUGUUUUUUAUAGCUAAGAGGUAAAUAUAAAUAAGAUGAUUUCAUGAAUUGAAAAACAUAGACUUCCUCCCAAAGCAGAUGUUUUUUAUCAAGCUGGUGGUAGGAUAUUUCAAGGCUAGAUUACUGUUCCUAUUUCCAUUUAAAGAUAAAGGGAGAAAAGAAAAGAACACCUUGGUAUAUUUUUUUUUUGGUUGUUAAGUGUUGACUUGUUUCUCUGACAGCUUUUGUUUCACCUAAGGUAUUUUGGAUAUCCAAACUGCUUUUAUUAAAAUUGUUUGUGCUUUUAAAGGUUGAAUGGUAAAAGCAGAUGUUAACUUUGUUAAGACUCAUUGAUGUCAAUGAGAGGAGGAAGUAGAGCACUCUGCUGGUGUAGACCUUAUCAGAGCAACAGAAAAGUUAAUAGCUCUUCUUAAUACUGGUCUUUCUGAAGGUUACUUCAUGAAAGUAUGGCUCAUAUGGAGUACCAGAUCACAGGAGAGCUUACAGCCAAAUCUUCUGUCUCUUCAGUCAUCUUGGACAAACAGCAGAGCUCAUCUUGGUCAGAGUUUCAGAGUGCAGAACCGGAUCUUUGCCUUGAAGCUGCAUCAAAGCCAGACUGUGAAUCUUGGGCUGUGGCACUGGGAGAGGUGAACUCGGAAGGUUUGCAGAAUAAAAUUCAGCAGCUCCGGAGGCUGAUCAUGGAUAUCAAAGAGGAGAGAUCAUCAGAUGAAGCACAGCAGUUUUUCCCUUCAUCCCAGUUAGACAGUCCAGGAGAGCCCCAGUUUACGAGUAUUCAGAGAAUUGCAAAUGAGCCAAAGCUGGAGUUCAGUCUUGCAUGCAAGGACCUAGUGGCUGCUACCCGUGAUCGGAAGCUGAAUACAUUUAUCCAAGUCUCAGUGGUGCAUCCAGCAGAGCACAUUUUGACACGGUAUUCAAGCACUGAAAUCGUGGAGGGUACAAAAGAUCCACUCUUUUUGACUGGUGUGACCUUCCCACCGGAAUACCCCAUCUAUGAGGAAACUAAAAUAAAACUAACAGUCUAUGAUGUCAAAGAUAAAUCCCAAGACACGGUCCGCACCAGUGUCCUACCUGAUCACAAGGAACCAAAAGCAGAUAUUGGGCGAAGUUUCCUAGGCUGUGCAACUUUUAGAGUAAGAGAUCUGGUAAAGUCAAAGGAGCAACAGUUGACUCUUACCCUCAGAACAUCUGAUGGUGGAAAGACAGUUGGUACCAUUGAAGUCAAUCUUGUGAAAAUGAGAGAGCUAGAGGAGGGAGAAACAGACCACAUCACAGCAGAUACUCAGGAUCAAAAGUGUGCAUUGGUUCGUGAGUGUACAGCCACUGAAGGCAUAAGUUGGAAAGACAACCUGCCUUCCUUAAAUGCAGUGUUGAGAAACCCAGUUUGUAAGUUAUAUAGAUUCCCUACUUCUGACAACAAGUGGAUGCAGAUCCGCGAACAGAUGGCUGAGACUACCCUCUCUUUCCAUGUUCCUAAAGAACUCAUAAAUCUGCACAUAAAGGAGGAUAUGAGAAGGAAUCAGGAACUUAAAGACCUGGGAGAACUUGCUCCUCACUGGGACAACAUGCGCAAAAAUGUAAUUGCUCACUGUGAUCAGAUGUUGAGCAUGUACCAGGACACUCUUGCAGAGCUUGGAAAGCAUACAGGUUCUUCCUUUAAAUCAAGCUGUAGCAAAGGAGAAAAAACACUGGAAUUCAUCCCAAUAAAUCUUCAUCUGCAAAGAAUGCAUGUGCAUAGUCCUCAAUUGAAAGAUGCUCUGUAUGAUGUUAUCACUGUGGGAGCCCCUGCAGCGCAUUUCCAAGGAUUUAAGAAUGGUGGUCUCCGGAAACUGCUGAGUAAAUUUGAGGCAGAAAGACGAAAUACUGGAUACCAGUGUAUUUACUAUUCACCUGAAAACACAGCCAAGGCAAAAGAAGUUCUCAGCAACAUCAGUCAUCUGCAGCCUCUCAUAUCAAGCCAUGCAGACCUGCUGCUUAGUUCUGCAAGCCAACGUUCUCCAGACAGCUUGAAGAAUUCUUUAAAGAUGCUUUCAGAAAAAACGGAGUUAUUUGUGCACACAUUCAAGGACCAGGUGGUCAGAAGUGCCCUUUUAGCACUGUACACAGCCCGGCCUGGCUGUGUCCUCAAGAAACUAGCUGUGCCUAGAAACAGUGCAGAAGAAGGGGCUGAUGCACAGCACCAGGAUCAUCCUUCUGAAAUUAAAAGGCAGGACUCUAUACCCCAUCAUUCUGAAUAUGAUGAGGAAGAGUGGGACAGGGUGUGGGCCAAUGUGGCAAAAAGUUUGAACUGCCUUAUUGCCAUGGUGGACAGACUGCUUGAAAAAGACAACAUCUGCAAUAUUAAAGAGGGUGAAAAUGAGCCUUCAGCAGCAGAUUGCAAGGUGUUGCAUACAGGAGGUGACUGGUAUGAACAGCUGUACCCGCUGGUUAUUACACUGAAGGACUGCAUGGGAGAGGUGGUGACCAGGGCCAAGCAAUCCAUGGCAUUUGUCCUGCUCCAGGAACUUGCCUGUGGCUUGCCCCAGUGUUUGAUGCUGACCCUAAGAAGAGACAUCGUCUUUAGCCAAGCACUCGCUGGAUUGGUCUGCGGUUUCGUAAUCAAAUUGCACACAGGUUUACAUGAUCAAGGAUUUUUACAACAGCUUCAUACUGUUGGAUUGCUUGUGCAAUAUGAAGGACUCCUUAGUACAUAUAGUGAAGAAGCAGGGAUGCUAGAAGACAUGGCUGUGGGCAUUUCAGAUUUGCGGAAAGUAAUGUUUAAAGUAAUUGAAGCCAAGUCAGAAGAUUUUUUGCCUAUUAUAACUGGAAGGCGUGAACAUUUCAUUAUAGAGGUCCAGCUUCCAGCAAAGAUGUUUGAGCUGCUGCCACAAGAGAUUAAAGAAGGAAAGCUGCUUCGCAUGUAUCCAGUGCUCUUUAAUGUUGGAAUCAAUGAACAGCAAACACUGGCAGAGAGGUUUGGAGAUACCACUUUGCAGGAAAACAUUAACCAGGAAAACUUAGAACUUCUCAAAGAAUAUUACAAGUUAUUUACAGAAAAAAUGCCUCCUGAUUAUUUACCACAUUUUCAAGAACAAAAUGAUUUAAAGGGAUUGCUAGAAAGUCUUCAUCAAAAUAUCCAGGCCAAAAAGAGAAAGAAUGUAGAAAUCAUGUGGCUGGCGGCAACGAUUUGCCGGAAGCUGAAUGGAGUGCGCUUCACCUGCUGCAAAAGUGCCAAAGACAGGACAUCCAUGUCAGUGACGCUGGAGCAGUGCUCCAUCCUGAGGGACGAGCACCAGCUGCACAAAGACUUCUUCAUUCGGGCGCUGGAUUGCAUGAGGAGCAAUCCAUGUCCCAGGAGCUUGACCUUGGAAUGUUGGCUGUAUGUUAAACUCCUCUAUCUCUUUGUCUGGUAUUUGCUACAGUUUUUAUUGGCUGAUAAUCUUCAUCAUCUUCCGCUGUCUAGAAAAGGACAUAAAGCAAAAGGGAAAAAGAAAUGUUGUCCAGCUGCAGUGUUCAAGUUACAAGUUACAACAUAUGCCCCCACGUCCUAUUGUGCAGUGUAACUCCCUUAAAGAGAAGAGGGCUGUAGAAGGAAGCGCAUACAAUGCUUUUACCAUGAAACAAGAAAGUAGGAAGGGUAAAGGUAGACCUUGUUUUCUGUCAUUAAUAAACAAAAGUAUUCCCAGCAUGGGUUGGCAUUGUAAACAGUGAAUAUGUUGCGUAAUUCUUACCCUCUUCUUCUCAGGACCUCGAGAUUUGCUAGUCUCAGCAUUCAUGGGCAUGAUAUGCAGCUAAGAAAACAGCCGCGUGUUAUUCUUCCUCAGUUUCCCAGGGUUUGGAUGAUUGUUGUGGUUAGAGUACUUCAGGUGUUAGAGAUUACCAUUGCUGAGGUAGUUUGCACUUGAAAUGCUACUUAUAGCUGCUCAGGAAAAAAAGGAUGCUCUGUUUUCAACAUACAGUACUCCUUGAGUUGGUUGUGGUGUGCAGGCUUGAAGAUGCAGGUAACAGCGUAGUGAGAGGAGUCACACAUAUCUGAGUGUUACAUUCCAAAUAUUGUCAACUUUAAUAUUUAGUGGUUGGAAUAACUUUAAGGACCAGAGGGAAAAGGAAUGCUUUCUACGCCUUCAUCCUUUCCUUGUGACUCCUUCUAGCAUAUAUUUGUCAAAAAUGCUGUUAUUUUUGUCCUGUCAUUUUAUGUCAAUGCAGCUUAAAAUUACUCCGUGUUUUCUAGGACUAAAUGCAGACUCAUAAAUUCAUGUGACCAAGCCCAAAGAGGCUGUGCUGAGCCUGUUUGCCUCCCCACCCUUUCUUUUUAUUUGUAUAGGCAUAGAGGUCUUUGAUACAGUCCAGAGAACACAACUUUGAAAUAUUUAUUUUAAGGCAGCUUUCCUAGAAAAAAAUUAUCUGUAUAACCACCAUGUUCCAUGAUAAUCUCACAGUUAUCACCACCUUAUGUGGCUGGUAAUGGGACUUCCAGGAGCUCCACUUCACAGAGACAGAAAUUAUGGCUCCUCAAGAACUGCUUCCAAAGAGCCACUGGCUGCUGGUGACGGUGCCUUUUCCUUCGCACUGAGGAGGACAAGGAAUCAUUUCCAUGGCUUACUGUCAGUCACCAGAUAACUGAGACCCUACACAAGCACAUAUCUGGGGAAGCUUAUGUCCCAGCUCUGACACAAUUGAUGCCUGCUUAGUGGAAGUUUUUCUGCUUGAGAUUCCUUCACCAAUGCUGAAAUAAGUCACAGACUAUACAGAAUUAUCUGUGCUUUCAGAAAGUCACUAUGGGGAAAAAAACGAGACCUAGAACUGACCAAAAACCCCCCUUUAAGUCUUUAAGCCAAUGCUUAACACCUGCCUCUUAUCUGUUAUAGCUGGAGAACUUAAAAACAACUUCAGAAAUUCAAUGAGUUUUGUCUAAGUUGUCCCGAGUAAAUACUCUAAUUCAUUAGUGGUAUAAAAUACUGGAGGAUGAAGUCCUAAGAAGGAUUUAUGUGAUGUGAUAAAACUACAGUACAGCUAAGGGAUUUUGGUUAACUUAUCUAAAUGACUGAUACCUACUGCUAGGAUGAUUUUCUAGGGUAAAAUAAAGCUCAGACACUAGCCUGCAGAAGGAUGUAUAGAGAGAAAAAUGUUGUCUGAAGUCUUCAGUCAAAACUUUAAAAUGUCAAAUGGUUCAUGAAAGCAGGAAGCUUGUUACAGAAAAAAGUUGCAGGAAUUAUUCAUAAUGAUCUAAUCUUCUUUGAAUUAGUUGCCAAGGAUACCAAAGGAAACAUAAUCUCUCAUUUGAUAUCUUCAACUGAAAAAAGAAAAAGAAGAUUCUUGGAAAACAGGAUGUAAAAAGCCACAAUUAAGGUUAAUGAGGAGAAGAAAUUCCCAGUUGUCAUAAUGGAUUAUGAUUAAUACCUGCUAUUCAGUAUCACUGGCUCAGAGGAUUAAGGAGUUCCAUGUGCUACUGAAUAAACUCUCAUGAAUGCCUUGAGACUGACAAAAACUAAGGUCUGGCUUCUCAGUACUCCAUUGAAAAAUAGUAGAUUCUAUCAAUCAUAAGAAAUAGUAAUCUUUUUCUUGAUAGAGAAAAUUUUCACUCAUUGGGAAAAUAAUGGCUCAAAAGACCCCCAAACUGGGAGUUCUAAUAUGUCUUGCAUUGCUGCAAGAUUUCCAGAUAGAUAUAUUUUUAAUAGAUUUUUAACUGCAGGAUGUAUGUGACUCCUAGAAGAGCUGGGAAAGGCAACUUUUAAAAAUAAUGAUUUCUCAGUUUUAUCUGUGGCACAGGUACGCUGUUUCAAUUAAUGUUGUUGUUUGUGUUGUAUUCCAAUGACGUAAGUAUAUUUUAAAUUUCUCUUAAAUUCUCUUUUGUCAGUUUAUUGAGGUCUGUCAUGUGUGGUAGAGCAGCCAUUAAGGUUCUGUAAGGAUUACUGACCUUCAAUAUUUAAUCUUGAAAAGCUGAAUACAGGUGCUUCCUCCUGAAAGGCAUUAUAUAAACAAAGCCACAACGGAUGGCUUCUGUUCACCUCACAACAAAAUACUGUUUUGUGGUCUAAUGAAGGUUCUUUCAGCAGCACUGUCAAGGUAUUUUAUAAUUUGAUUUCAAGAACGUAUCUUGACAUAGGAGAAGUUAGUUGCAUUUGUUUUUCUUCACUAAAACUUGUAAAAACCGUUCAUUAGAAACAGUUCUGUAUAUAGUGAAGUGGAAAGCCCAAAGGAGUAUUGAGUCCCACUAGGAAAAGGGAAAAAAGGGAAAAGUUUGUAUGGUUGAGGGCUCAGAAGGAAGAAAACCAGUAUAAGAUACUAAUUUGUAUGUUAAAGUUAAAAUAAGCUGUUUUGCCUUCGGUAUUUCUCAAGAAAAUUCCCAGAAAACCCCCUGAUUUCUUUUUAUGUUCCAACUUCAUUCCUUUUUCUCCUAUAUGUUUUUUAACUUUUAGAGGCAGUGAGCUGCUUAUAUCAUGGCACAUAUAAGUCAGUUAUCUCAAAAGACUUCUCAUUCUUUAUUGUACUGCCUCAUCUUUCCCCCCAUUUUUACAAAGACAUUUGAUUCCUGGUUGGCUUGACUUGGUCAAAAAAAUACCACAUUCAAUAAGCAUGUAGAAGAGGGUGAGGUUAUGAAACAUAUUUAUUUCCCUUUGUCUUUAAGUUGUUAAUUAUUGGCCUAAUUAAGCCUUUUGAUAAGAAAAAGUGAAUUCUCCAACAGUGAGGGAAAAUAGUUGGAAGGAAACAGUUUCAAGGUGCUGAUUUGAGCUUUUUGUUGAAAAAAUGCUAAGCUUGCUCAUCUAUGGCUUUCUUUUCCUCCCUAAAUGCAUGAGAGUAAAAUUCCAUAGAAUUCAUAUGACCAAAGUUUGUUUCUUCUCUGCCUCUAGAGAACAUAUAACCCUUUAGACUUUACAGAAUGUCCCUUUUAAGUAUGGCUCAGUGUCGUGUUGAUCAGUCUCCUGAUGCUGUACAGAAAUUCCUGCUUUAUCCAUGGAGAAUACCUUUUGAUAGCUCUCUCUCUAUAUAUCUAUAUAAAAUAUGCCAUUUUCCCUCCAUUGUAAGUGUUACCUCUCUACGCUGGGCUGGCUGACUCAAAUAUUCUUAGUCUGAGCUUUUGCCCCAUGGAGCUGGAAUGGAUAUUAAAGUACAUUUCUUUACUAUUAAUUUGGUUACAUAGUCAUAUGAACAAGAUGGAUAAUCUAAAAUUGCUGUUGAUCCCCCAGCUAUCUCACUGCAGGCAAAGAAUUACCUCUUUUAUAUCUUCCUCAAAACAUGAGGUCCUAACAAGAAAGGUAUCUGCAGUUCAGAAUUUAAAAUGUUUGUGAAAUUAUCUGAACAGUACCUGAUCAACAGGUGCUCAAACAUUUGGGAGCCACUAGAGGCAACAUUCUAUGGAUAAACAACUCAUAUUUAUCUUCGGGGUCCAAUAAAACAUCAAGAAGGCAGAGGAUGUCAGACAUCAUCUGCACUAGUGCUACUUGCAUUAUCCUGUUAGUAUAUAGACAAGAAAUGUAGAUGCUAAGUACUAGGCAUGGAAAGGAAAAGCAGAUUUUAAAUUAUUGCAAAGUCAGGAAAAUAGAACUAUGUAGUGCAAAACUUUGAUGGAAGAGCAUUUUUCUUCUCUUAUGGUGUCAAAAGGUAGUUAUUGUUCCUUCUGUACAUAGAAACACUCUGCUUUGAGUCGCCUUAGUCCCCUAACUGACAAGGACUCAUUGGAGAAAAUACAGUAUUAAUCUUUUCCUUAAUAUUUGCCAACAGCAGUUGGAAAAUAUCAGCUAGUAAAUGCCACACAAAUAGCUCAACCCUGUGUAGAAGAAAUACCUUCUUCAACCUGGGGAUGUUUAAUUCAAAAGUAGCCAUUGUUCUGCCUGCAGGAGUAACAAGUCAGAUCAGAUGUGUCCAUGUUUAGUUACACUGAAAGUUUUCCUCUUCAAUACAUAUGAAUUUCCUAACUUAAAAUAAAUAAAUAAAUAAAUAAAUAAAUAAAUAAAUAAAAGCAAAAAAAAUCCACACACAACCAAAAACCACAAACAAACCAACCAAAUAACAAGCCGGCCUUAAUUUAGUCCAUCCUUUAUACCAACCAGAUAACUUAUUAUAACCAUUGGAUUCAGGAUGUAGUAAAGCUUUCAGAUGGCUCCUCAGCUCUCAGGAAAAAGUAAGCCCUAACAGAAAUGCUGGAGAUCCAGAUUAACAAAUGGCCUCUUUUAAUCCCAGAAUAAGCACCUGGACCAGGUCGAAGUAAAAUGAAAUAAAAGGGAUAUGGCCAGUGUCCAACAGGAAGUGGCUAACAGAGUGACAAGCUGAGUGGUCACAGACUUAGCAGUAUUCUUUGGAAAGACAAAUUCACAGUAUUUAACACACUCGCCACUAGUAAAUGAGUUAAUGAAAAACAAAUCAGGAAAUUGAUUUUCAAAAUGGUCAAGAGAAAGAAAUUUCUGAGCAAAGCAGCUCUUUGGUUCCCCCAUCAUCAGUAUUCUGCUUCCCUCUCAAAGUCAGAAAUAAGGAAAGUCCCUUUAUCUCUUUGACUAAAGACCAAAGUUGUAACUUGGUGUUACCUUUCUUGUGCACAUGACAUCAGGUAAGGAAAAAUCAUAUUCAGUACAUACCAUUGAAUUAAGGAAAAAUUUAAAAUUUAGGACCAUUUUAUUUCAUGCAAACUAUGUAAUAAACACUUCUGGUUUUUAUGUUUUAUGGUGGCAAAUAAUUUAUUUCUUUUUUGUGAUAUUUCUACCAGUGAUUAAUGCUGUUAUCAAUGUGCUUAUGAAUUUACCAACCUGUCUGUCUACAAGUGCCCCAGAAGAUGACAUCCCACAUGCUCACAUUUAUGUUCUUCCUCUUGCAGUUUACUGGAGAUUCAUCUCCUCAGAGUGCUAAAGACUGACUGUUGGGAGCAUCCCAACAAUAAAAGAGAAACAGGCAGUGUGUCUGUUGCCAUAAUGAGAUUGAAACUUCCUUCCCGGUAAGUGGACAGCUGAAUGACUCAGCCAUUUAUCAGCUGAAGAUAGAGAAACGGAGGUGCCUGGAGAAAAGAAUUACUUAUUAUGGAUGGCAGCUGGUAUGACAUGAAUAUGAAUCAUGAGGAAAGCAGUUAGUUUAGAAAGAGCCCAAAGGAGACUGGACAACAUUACAGAAAUACCAGAGGACAGGUGACUGCAUUGAGUCUUAGAAAUAUAGUUAUGAUUUCCAAAUAACUGGUCAAAAGUGAUUUGUGUCUUCAAAGUUCUUUCCCAAAAAAAUCCUACUUGACAGGCAAGAUUUCUAACUAAAUCACAGAAUUUAUUUUUUUUUUAGAGUGCAAGAGACUUGGUCACCUCCUUUACUCAGAGAAUUAAAUCAACACUGCUUUGGUUGACAUCUCAAUUGAAAUCUUUGGUAAUCACUAAACAAGUUGCAGUCAUUACAUUAAUGAAGGAAGUCAUGUUACAGGUAACAAAUGAAGGAACAGAACAUGUUGUUGUUGGCUAUAAAAACCUAGCACCAGCUUUGUCUUCUCUGAGAAGACUGGAGAUAAUUUUUAAAGGCCUU